UGACAUAUUGUUGAUGUUUACAUCGACCGGCAGAAUGGAGCUCGUGGGGUCCAAAAUCGCUAAAUUUCCUCAUUCGGUAAUAAAAUCCUAGCUGUACUUAACUAAUGUUACUACCGCCAUGCAAUGGCAUCGAAGCAGCUUGUACUGGAUCAAUUAAAAUCGUUCAUCGAAGAGUCUGAAUGUAGAAUAAACCGGAUUUUGCAAAGCGUUGGUUGGAGCAAAGAAAGUGUUCUGAAUUCGAAUGCCAGCAAAACCACCGAUGAAGUCAACCAGGAGAAAAAUCAAUCAAACACUACCGACACAUUACCGGCUUCUUUCCAACCCUCCGAUAGUCGUUCAUCGAUUCGUUUAGAUAAUAUUAAGCAAGCCGAAGCAAUAUUAGAGGAAGUGUACCGUAACCCGUCGUUUGAGUUGGGCGUCCCAUUAGAAAACCUGGUGGAUCGUGACCCUCCAUCGAGCAUUGCAGAUUUGCAUGUAAACUUUACACGCGAAGAACGGUUGUCAAUUUGCCAGCAUGUGCUUGCAAACACUACCAAACCACCGGACGUGCCAGAAAUCAAAAUAAGGUUCAAGCAAGAUACACACUCUGAAGAAAAGCCUACUUCGCUGCCCGAAAUAGCUGCCAUCGUGCGAGAUGCACGGAGACGCAACCCAAAACACAGAGUGUCCCGCAAUCCUUUGACUUACAGUGAGGAACUGAGAAACGUGAUUCAAGUGCAGACGGACGCUUUGGCACACCAUUUUCGUCAGUCUUCCCGCACUGCUGAAGUAGACGCUAGAGAAGGCAGACGAAGGGAAUCAAAACAUGUUCGUAAGUCUCGUUCCAAAUCUCCCUUACUAGAUCGUAGCGAUAGAAGCAGAAAGAACGAAACGAACUACGUUCGAAGGUCUCGAUCAAACUCUCCUGCACCUGGCCGUAGCUAUAGGAAGCGAAAUCGACACCGAAGCCGUUCCCGUGACCGUUCCAUGUCAAAAGAAAGGAAACGCCAUAAAUUGGAAAAGAAACACAAGAAAAAGCGCGACCGAUAA